AAUAAGCAGUUGCUGCCCUGUGCAGGGGGCGGGAUCCGGGGCCGAGGGUAGCUUGAGCGCGGCGGCGGCGUUGUUCAGUCAGAGCGAGAACAUUCCAGAGGUCGCCAGGUUCGGCGCUGUUGGUGUGGACGCGGACGUCGCUGGGACAGUCCCUCCCGCUGCUCGGCGGCGGCACCUGCCCAGCCGCCCCUCCGCUCGCCGCCGGCCCCGCCGCUCCGGACCCGGUUUCCAGCGCCUCUUCCUCCCAGUCCCGGGCGAGCCGCGUUGGGUUUAUGUCUUUAUUUGACGAAAACGAGCUGUUGCGCAGCCAUUGGUACCUGUAUUGGGGAAACAUAGCAUACAAGCAAGAAGCUUACAGCCUCAGUGGCGAAAAUUUUUUCAUGUCAGAGACCGAGAACUCUUGCAGUCGUUUAUGUCAUCCCUUCUUCUCCAGACAGAAGAUACCAAAAAGUUGCAAUCAAAGAUCUGUUCAUCUUAUUGAUAAAGUCACUAAUAAGCCAAAAUGUCUGUCAACGUCAACCGCAGCGUGUCAGACCAGUUCUAUCGCUACAAGAUGCCCCGUUUGAUUGCUAAGGUUGAGGGCAAAGGAAAUGGAAUCAAGACAGUUAUAGUCAACAUGGUUGACGUUGCAAAGGCGCUUAAUCGGCCUCCAACGUAUCCCACCAAAUAUUUUGGUUGUGAGCUGGGAGCACAGACCCAGUUUGAUGUUAAGAAUGACCGUUACAUUGUCAAUGGAUCUCAUGAGGCGAAUAAGCUGCAAGACAUGUUGGAUGGAUUCAUUAAAAAAUUUGUUCUCUGUCCUGAGUGUGAGAAUCCUGAAACAGAUCUGCAUGUCAACCCAAAGAAGCAAACAAUAGGUAAUUCUUGUAAAGCCUGUGGGUACCGAGGCAUGCUCGACACACAUCAUAAACUCUGUACGUUCAUUCUCAAAAACCCACCUGAGAAUAGUGAUACUGGUACAGGAAAGAAAGAAAAGGAAAAGAAAAAUAGAAAGGGCAAGGACAAGGAAAAUGGCUCUGUAUCCACCAGUGAGACACCACCACCUCCACCACCAAAUGAAAUUAGUCCUCCACAUGCUGUGGAAGAAGAGGAAGAUGAUGAUUGGGGGGAGGAUACAACCGAGGAAGCUCAAAGGCGAAGAAUGGAUGAGAUCAGUGACCAUGCAAAAGGUCUGACACUUAGUGAUGAUUUGGAAAGAACUGUAGAAGAGCGUGUUAACAUCCUGUUUGAUUUUGUUAAGAAAAAGAAAGAAGAGGGCAUUAUUGAUUCAUCUGAUAAAGAAAUUGUGGCUGAGGCAGAAAGACUGGAUGUAAAAGCCAUGGGUCCUCUUGUUUUGACAGAAGUUCUCUUUGAUGAGAAGAUAAGAGAGCAAAUCAAGAAAUACAGGCGCCAUUUUCUAAGAUUUUGUCAUAACAACAAAAAGGCUCAGCGGUACCUUCUUCAUGGUUUGGAAUGUGUGGUAGCAAUGCAUCAAGCUCAGCUGAUCUCCAAGAUUCCACAUAUCUUGAAGGAGAUGUAUGAUGCAGACCUUUUAGAAGAGGAGGUCAUUAUCAGCUGGUCGGAAAAGGCCUCUAAGAAAUAUGUCUCAAAAGAACUUGCCAAAGAGAUUCGUGUCAAAGCAGAGCCAUUUAUUAAAUGGUUGAAGGAAGCAGAGGAAGAAUCUUCUGGUGGUGAGGAAGAAGACGAAGAUGAAAAUAUUGAGGUGGUAUAUUCGAAGACUGCCAGUGUACCAAAAGUUGAAACUGUGAAGUCUGACAACAAGGAUGAUGACAUUGAUAUUGACGCCAUUUAAAAGGAUGGAUGCAACUUAGCUUAACAGUGUAAUGCUGCAAAUUUUUCUCCAUUAUCAGCCAGAAGUGCAACAUGUAUGUGCAAGAGCUAAAGUGGCUUAACAUCAUGCUACACUUGAUACUAAAAAGCUAUUACUGUGAGUGGUCUAUAAUUAAGCCCAAUGAGACAUCUAGGGAGUCCAUACAUAUCAGUGAGCAGUUGUAGUUUGCUUAUUUAUAGCAUGUUUCUUUCGGGAAAAACUAGUGGUGGACACAUUUGGAUCACAUUUAUACAGUUAUAAAAAAAUAAAGAUUUGAUUUUGGUCAUUCUUCAGACUUUGGGCUAUGAAUGACUUAUACUGAAGUAAUUGACUACUUUUAGGAUGUUACACCAUUUAAUUUAGGCUCCUUGAGUUUGAUAGGUUGUUAGGUACUGAAAACUUGAAUACAAACAAAUUUAAUGACCUUACUCAGCCAUUAAGAAAUGAAGUAUUUUGAAAGUUGUAUCUCCAGUCCCAGUCCAUUCAGAUUGGCAACUGACAAUUCUUGUCAUUUUAAGGAAAUUUGCUGAUUAAAUGACAGUGUGACAUCCUCAUGAGAAGUAAAAAUUACCUAUGUGUCCUAUGGUUUAAGAGCAAAUUUUAAAACUUGGGAGUUGUGGUUUUUCAGUUUGUGUACACUCACCCCAAAUUGUAGUCUUUCAAGUUGUGUGCAUUGCACGUUGGAUAAGCCAGGGAAAUUAUUAACAAGUAAGUAUUUUGUGUGUAUCUAGUGGUUGCAUUGUAUUGAGAGAAAAGCUUUGAGGUGUGAUUAAAUCGUAAACUCUUGAUUCUAUUUGGGAGAAACAGGAAAAAAGGUGCACUUAAUCUAGCUAAAACAGCAUAAUUUUUCAACUUUUACCCUUAAAUUAUAAUUUCAAGAUGUUUAGACAUACUGUAUCUUGUGUUUGUGUUCCUCCCCUCCCCAAUAUUAUGGUUUAUUCUUUAAUGCCUAUUAAUUUGGAUAUAAUAGCUUGUACUUUAGAUUUUGGUUGCUAUCUUGCCAAAAUAAGUGUUACUGUUUUUCAAGCUUGAUCCCCUUCCCCAAUUGUCUUAUUUAAAGAGAAAGUUAAACUCAUACUUCUGAGUCAGAGCCUGUAUUUUGGUGUAAGACUUGGGAUAUUUUUUACUUCACAUUGAAUAUAGCUGGAUACCUGAGAAGUCUGGUGGUGGCCGCUGGGUGGGUUCAGCUAGCUAAGGCCUGACCAGCCCAUUCAGAGCCUUGGACUUCAGACACAAAAGUGAGUUCUUACCCACUUGCUGGUGUAAGCUCUAUCUGGGGUCCUGACUAUAUUUGAAUACUUGUUUUCAGUAGUAAAAACAUAGCAUAUAUUUCUUUCCACAAAAGUGCAUUCUGGGAGUAAAAAAAACCCAUGUGGUUGAUUUGUGUGUGGCGUACUAGCUCAUGCAUUAUUUGGAUCUUACUCUUUUUGUCAUCCAUCUCACAGAUUAUAAGACUUUAAUAGACAUGUAAAAAAAAAAGUCUGCAUUAAAAUCAUACAAAUAUUUGGUAAAAUUGAAACUGUGGUAAGAGUCUGAGUGUGGAAUAGGAGUCAGUACACUUGGAAUGGUGACAAGGGAAGGUACUGUGUCACACCAAAGAAGUGGUACUUGGAAAAUCACUUAUCUCCUGGAUUUCAGAUUCUUUGUUGCAAAGCACGUCCAGCCCAUCCAUUUAUUGUCAUAUUUUGAGAUUCUCAAGUAGAUCACAUUCGGCCUCAGGCUGGCAAGAUUUUGUCUUAGAACUGUUGUUUUAAGGGAACCGGUCAGGUCUUAGAGACUUAGAAAGGACUUGGAAUUCUGUUCAUUCUGGUGCCAAACCAGUGGGAUUCAAAUUUCACACAAUCUGGGUUUUAUUCAUGGAGGUUAGCCUGAUAAGAGUAAUCCUUCAUUGCUCUAUUGAGGUGUCUUAAAAAGUUUCCUGUUUCAAACAGCUACAUUACUUGAUUAAAACAAUGUUAAAAUUAAA